AUGGAUGAAGAACAAGAUUCUGUCGAAGAGCAAGCUCUUGUACCACCCGAGGAACCUUCGGAUACGACGGCUUCGACUUCCGAAAGCUCGGAAGUUGAUGAUGUGGAUGCUGCCAAGCGUGCAUAUGCUUCGUACAAGCAGACGGGGGAUCUAGUCCAUCUUCAAAGGGCCAUAGCUCUAUUUCAACGAGCGGUGGACACUGCAAACGUACCAACAGCGUAUCCGCUAGGCGAGCUAGGACAUUGUCUAAAUCUCUAUUACCAAGCUCGAGGGAAUCCUCAUGAUCUCCAUCGUGCCAUCGCCGCAGAGCAAAGCGCCCUCCAACUCGUACCAGAAGGACACCCAGACAGGGCUUUGUGUCUGCACAAUCUCAGUGUUUCAGCUCUCGGUACAGUCAAAGACCUCGAAAGUGCCAUUGAGAUGCAACAAGAUGCCGUCGAGCUCACUCCGGAUGGCCAUCCCAACUUCCCGGCGUACCUCGACAACCUCGGUGGGUUGCAGGAGCAUCGUUUUCAACGCUUCGGGAAGCUCGAGGAUCUCGAGAGCGCUAUUGCGAGUCGACAGCGUGCAAUCGAGCUGACUCCGGAAGACCAUCCCGAUAAAGCGAUGCGGCUGCACAACCUCGCUUUGUCCUUGCGCAGUCGCCUUGAGCGUCUUGACGACCCCGUUGACCUCGAGCGCGCCAUCACGAUUCAACGCCGUGCGAUCGAACUUACUCCGGAAGACCACCCCGCCUUGUCAGUGCGCCUCGAUAACCUCGGAGGCUUACAGUGGCUUUCGUUUCAACGCUUCGAAAAGCUCGAAGAUCUCGAAAACGCCUUUGUAGAUCAGAGACCUCACUGUGGACAAUCAACCCAAUAA